AUGGCUUCGUCCACCCCUCCCACUCUGGACGUGGUCUUGUCCCCCCUCGUCCUCCCCUUCUCGCAACCCACCAUCCCCAUCCAGGUCGCUAUUCACAACGCGGCCUCGACUCCGGUGACUAUCGUGAAUUGGAACACCCCCCUGGACCCCCGCGCCGGCGUGCUCGGGGUUUUCCAAGUGCGCGACACAACCACCGACGACAUCGUGCCCAUGGACGAACUCAAGAUAUCCCGUCAAUUACCACCGUCCGCCGACGACCUGGUGGAGAUCCCUGCCGGGCGCUCCGUUGAGGCAGUGGUCAGACUGCCUAGUGGCACCCUAGUCGCCGGGCAUGAAUACGCCAUUCGGGCAAAGGGCAUUUGGCACGCCGUGUGGGAGACUCCGCGCGAGGAGGUGCAGGGGCUGAGACUGGAGAAGUUCGAGAACGCGAAGAGGGGGGACUUCCUUUCCAACGAGGUAUCUGUGAGGGAGGUUGACAGAUAA